AUGGCCGACACUAAGGCAAUCAUUGCCACCGCCACAGUAUUAUACGGCAAGAUCUCUCGCGCGUACGAGAACCUUAGGAAGCUCGGCGAGGCCAAUAUCACCCUCGGGGCGGUGGAGGCCCGGCUUCUAAAUCUCGAGAAGCUGUGGGAGAAAUUCGACGGAAUUAACGAUAUGUUAGCCGAUCGCGUGGACGAAAUACGCCACGAUGUCUACGCAAAACAAGACAUCCCUUCGUUGGGCGAAGAGGCUUACCUGCUGAACAAGGGCCUCAUGCUCGACUUGAAGAGUGCUCUCCAGAUUCAACUGCAGGCAGCCAGCUCUACCUCGAUCGCAACAACGGCUUCCGCUCCUUGGACAGCGCUGCCGAAAAUCCAGCCGCCGACCUUCGCCGGAAAAUACGAGGACUGGCCUUCGUUCCGAGAUCUUUUCCAAUCAAUCAUCGGUAGGAACCAGGCAGCAAAACCUGUGGAGAAGCUGCAUUAUUUAAAGCUUUGCGUAAAGGGUGACGCUGAUCUGCUCAUUCGGAACCUCAGCACCACGGACGAUAACUACGACAUUGCCUGGAAGACGCUGAGUGACUAUUAUGAAAACAAAAGAUUACUGACGCGUAAUUAUCUCAACAAUUUUUUGAUGUUGACCAAGAUGAAGAGCGAAUCCGCCGCUGAAUUGAGGCGACUUUCCACGGGUCAAAAACUACGGCGAGAAUGGGAGAGUGACAUCAGUCACACGACGAAUCCGCCUUCCUACUCCGAGCUGGAGGCCUUCAUAGAACGCCGACUUCAUACUUUGGAGGCGCUGUAUCCGGCCAGGAACGAAAGCGGCAGCCACAGCCUUUCGAAGUCAACUCGGAGCCACUACGUAAAAAGGCAAGACCCGAAAGAGAAGCCCAGGGGCCGGUGCUCCAUCUGUCAGGGGGACCACUUUGUGAUGUUCUGCGGCGACUACAAGGGCAAGACGGCGAUGGCUCGCAAACAGCUCGUCAGUGAACACAAACUCUGCUCAACUGCCUAG